CACUGUUCGCUGCCUGUAUAGCGGAGCUUCUCCGUCUCCGAGGUAACUGUGACCUGAGCGACGUCACUUCCGCCUGCCCGGAUGUAAACACACGUGCUCGGCAGGAAGUAUGAUGAUCUGAACAGUGCAGAAUGUCAGGAAUCCCGGGGCAAAAGUAAACACUGGGAUGGGGCCUCCAAUCUGGACACUUCCAGCCAGGGUGAUACCGAGGAUACAAUAAUAAAGAAGAAAAGGAAGAUGAUAAAUCUCAACAUCAUGUACAUGGGCAGUGGAGAAGGGAUGCCAAAGAGAAAGAAGCGUAAGGUGAACAGUGAGAACCAGGAGGUGGAAGGUGACCCCAUAAUUCCUAAUAGAAAGUCAGCAGAUGGCUACAUUGAAAAAGCGCCAGAUCGAGAAACUUACAAAAAGAAGAAGAAAAAAAGAAAAGAUGAAUCUCAUCAGGAUGAUCCCUCCUCCUCUUCUAUUGUCCUUCAUCAGGAGUGUAAUGAAAAAAUCAAAAAACCUCAUAAAGCCAAAAACUCUGAGAGACUCCACAGAGAUGAACUUUUCACUGAAGAAACUCCAUGUAGGGAAAAUACUGAUCAAGAAGGUGAAUCAAAGGAAAAGAAAAGGAAGAAAACAAAGAAAGAUAGCAGGGAACGUCUACUAGACAAUAGUUUAAUGAAGGAUUUGUCAGCUGUCCAAACCCACCAUACAAAGAAGAAGAGGAAAAAGCGGAAAGAUGGUGGAGAUCUCCAGAGUGAUGGUUUCACUGAAGAAGGGGAUGACCAGUCAGAAAGGUCUGUCAAGAAGAGAAAGGAAGAGUCUCAUCUGGAGGCAGAUGACAUUGCAGCAAAUGAUGCCUCCUCCUCUGUUGUCUUUUAUCUGGAGGAAAAUGAAAAGAUAAAAAAAUCUCAAAAAACCAAAGACUCAAAGAGACUCCAUGGAGAUGAACAGUGCAUUGAAGAAACAACAUAUAGCAAAGUAACUGAUCCAGAAGGUAGGUCAGAGAGGAAGAUAAAGAAACCAAUGAAAGAUCACGGAGAACAAUGUUUAGACAAAAAAUUGGUUGAGGAAUCGUCUGUUGACACCCAACAUGCAAAAAAGAAAACAAAGGGGAAAGAUGGUGGAGAUCACCAGGAAUAUGGUUUCACUGAGGAACUUUUCACCCAAAGGAAGUCUUCAGAUGGUAAAGAGACCUUAGAACAAGUGGAUCAGUCAGAAACAUAUGUCAAGAAGAAAAAGAAAAGAAAGGAAGAACCUCACCAAGAGACAGAUGACAUCGCAGCAGAUGAUGGGGCCCCCACUAUUGUCUAUCAGGAGAAAAAUCAAAAGAUCAAAAAAUCCCAUAAAGCCAAAGACACAAAGAGACUCCAUGGAGAUGAAGGAUUACCAGAAGAAGCCUUGUAUAGGGAACCUGCUGAUAUAACAGACAAGCAAAGUCUUAAGGAUAAGAAAGAUCGUCUUAUAGAAAAUAGUUUAGCAGAGGAAUUGUUGAUUUCUGAGACCCAACAAGCCAAGAAGAAGAAAAAGCUAAAGAUUAGUGGAGAGCUCAAAGAUUAUGGAUUUACUGAGAAAUUUCCCUCCUACAGAAAGACUCCUGAUGGUUCUGAUGCUCCAGAACAAGUGGAUGAAUGUUUGGACCAGGUAAAAAAAAUCAAGAAGAAGAAAAGAAAACAUCAACCUCACCAGGAGGCCAAGGACAUCGCAGUAGAGGAUGUGUACUCCAUUGGCCUCCAUGAAGAUGAACCUUCAUAUAGUGAACCUAAUUAUACAGAAGAUAGGCCAAGUCAGACGAAAAAGAAGAAAUCUAAGAAAGUUCUAGAAGAUAGUUCAGUGGAGGAAUUGUUAAAUCACGACGCCAAACGAACAAACAAGAACCCAGAGCUGAAGGGCGGUAGAGAUGAAAGCCAUAGACAACAUGGUUUUACUGAGACCACAGAACAAGUAGUAGAGACUGUAGAUCAGACUGAAGUGCAUGUGAAGAAGAAGGUGAAAAACAAGAAACACUUGGACAGGAGUGAGGAGACAUCUGAUAUCUCAGCACAAGAGACUCAGCCAGAGGGGGGUCAGUCAUUGCAGAGCCGGGUGGUGGAAAGUGAUGGAAAUAUGAGAAACAGAGAACAAACCCCAACCAGUGGACAGAGCCGACCUCAGACCUGUGCGUCUACAGACACUGACCAGAACCCGGCGACACAAGACAAGUGUGAGGAGGCUCAGAGUGAAGGUGACAAUGGGUCGGCGACUUUAGGAAAAAACACAGAAAAGGUUGUUGUAAAAAGACAAUAUAAGAUGCCUUUCAUUCGAGAACAAGACUUAGCGCUUCUUGAAGAAUAUUUUCCCCAGCUGAAGAGUCUAAGUACUAAAGCAGUGAGCGAAUUAGUUCAUCAGGAGCUGGAGAGAGUCAAAAUUGCCAAACAAAAAGGAAUUGUUUUUCAUUCGGGCACAUUUACCAUUGAAGAAGAUGAACAGAUCAAGAAGAACGUACAGAAGUUUAUGUCGGAGUUUGGAAUUGAAUCGGCAGAGAUGCUUUUCCACCCCUACAAGUUUCCUGAGCAGAAAAAUACAAUCAGGAAAAUAAAAAAAACAUUUCAAUUUACUCAUAGAAUCGCUGAAGGAUUACAUCGCACCACAAAACAGGUCCGUUUUCGAGGCUGGGUAUUAUUUGAGAAUUUUACAACAAAAGGACGGUACUCAGAGGAUGAGGUCAGGCAGCUGAAGAAGUACCUCGAGUUACAUGGGAAAAAUUGGAGGACAAUUGGGUCUUUACUGGACCGCAGUUAUCUCUCAUGUGAAAUAAGGUCUAAUCUGCUCCGACACGAUGUAAAUCGUGGAGCUUGGAGCAAAGAAGAAACAAAUCGUCUGAUCGCAGCUGUGAAAGAAUUUGUUCUGGAUUGUCUUCGAAGGGAGAAAAGUAACGAUGAAGAGUUAGUGACUGUACCCAAAAAAAAUCUGUACACCGGUAUAAAAUGGGUCCGGAUAGAGGAAAAGGUGGAGACACGACACCAUAAGUUUUGUCAGCGUAAAUGGUUUGAUAUCGUCAUGCUGCGGAUGAACAAUGGGAUUCAUCCUUUUAAAGGAACCCUGGGAAUACAAAACAAUAUAAAAAUGAUCAAAUGGAUGUAUGAAUCCAAAGUGAGGGACUCCCGAGACCUAAAAUGGGAUAAGCUGUGUGACGACAUUGGAAACUUUCCGCGUGACAUUGCCCAAAAAAUAUUUUUGAGGCUUAAACAAAAGAUCAAAGACUUUAAAACAAAGCGUUUAUAUGAAAUUAUAGAUGUUUUGUACAAAGAGAAGCUGCCAGAGCUGGAAGCCAAGUUGUCUGCUGCAGAAGAAAUCCCCGUAGAGCCCAAAAAGAAAAACAAAUUCUUAAUCAGUGAAAUAUUUCAGGAAUGGUCUGAAAUAGAUGAAAUCUGGAGCAAAGCAGGAUCCACUGCUGACGUCGGGGGUAAGGGUGGUAAAGCGGCAAGUAAACAAAAGAAAACAUUUAAUGCCUAAUAUGGACUCAAAAGGAUCCAUGAGUUCUUUAGCUAUGAUGGGAAGAGUAAUAAGACAGGCAUGCCUAGAAGAACAGCAACGCCUCAUAGAACGUCUACAAUGUGUGCUACUUCUCAGUUGCAAAUCGCUGAAGCAUUCCAUAUUUUUGACCCUGAUACCCUUACACUGGCUCCAAAAGACACCUCCCCCUAAAGCACAGUGGCUUGAAAAGCUCCACCAAAUAUGCAGAUUGGAGGAAUGAACUAGCUGGGCCAACCAUAAACAAUUCUUUUAUUAAAAUAUUUAGUCCCCGGGCAGCAUACAAGCUGUCAGGAAAUAACAUCUUCUUAAGAUUUUUAAUAUAUAUUUUUUAGUGGAUGGCAUGACCUAACUGUAGCACAAUAACCUGUUCUUCAUAAACAUCUUGCUUCACAAAACGGAGAUACAGAUAACAAGUUGCAAGUAAUUGUUUUUGUAGAAAUUGUACAUAAUAUUGCUAUGUUUUAUUUAAUUCCUCAGGUCUCAGAAGGUCAGACAUUAGCUCCAAUCUUAUGGCUUCUUUGGCCCCUGUUGUCUUCUCUAGCUGCUUGAUAUUCUUUGCCAUCCUUCCCUCCCCUUGUCUACAUUUCCUGGCUUCUUCUUUGCAGCUCUGAUUUGCAGUUCAGCUCACUCUCUGAGAGCAGCUCCCACCCUGCUCUGAGCUGCAGAGAGAGGUUCAGUGUCUGAUUGGCUGAGGCUGCACUCACCUCCCAGUUCUCAGCACUAAAGAGAACAUGAGUCAUAAGUGCAAGGCAGAAACCACAUGAUCUGUGUCUCAGGAGGGUGGGGGGCUACUUUCAGAGAGGGAUUUGGACAGAGAAAGCAUGGAUGGCUGGAUGAUGUCAUUCCCUCACUUCAUGCAUGUAAGUGACAACUGCUCUAUAUAGCUAAUGAAUUAUAUUUAGACAAUUAAAUAUGUUGAUGAGAGGAAAAGUAUGGGCUAUGAGUUUAGUUCCCCGGAAUACCCAUUUAACUUCGGAACUUUGGAUGAUUUAUUGAUCAAAAGAGCCAUCCAAAGGAGAUUGGUAGGUACUGUCCCCGGGGGAUAUCCUGUAUCCCUAUGAGUUGAAAGUUUUAUACAAGGGGCCGUAUUUGAUAGGUCCGGUUUUAUAAUAGUAUCUCCAAGACAGAGAGGGGUAAUCAGUAGUUGAAACUAUCUCUGAAAGGAACUGGUGGUGACAAUUUGGGAUUCUGUCUCUUUGACAUGUUCUCCCCAUCAAAGUUCCACAGGGCCCAAUGAUAUUUGGUAAAGUGUAAGUUGUAGGAGUCUUCUCAAUCUAACCUGUGGAUGGAAUCACUUGAUAGUUGACUGGUCUCAGGCCGAUAAGUGACCUACAUUUGCAGAUAUGUAGUUAGCUUUGUUCAGAUCAGGUUUUCAAUGGACUCUACAGAUUGCUGAAUCUUCUUAUGUGAACCAAUAUCUCUAUAUAAGUAUAAUAUAGAAGCAGUGCGUAACCACACUGAUGUAUUGAUAAGAUUUAAGUUAUACAAUUAUUACGUGAAUUCAAGUAGGAAAAACAGACAUGGUCGCACGUCUACAUUUUGUAUUUAGAUCUGAUUGCUUCUCAGCAUAAAUUAAAAAACUAACAGGUUGUUAGUAUACAUUU